AUGGAUAAGAGCUGGAUGGAUUGCGAUAGACACACCGAAACAUUCAUUAAUGGGGUUAAAGGAUUUAUUCAGUUUGCUUUUACCCAUUCAGCAAAAGGGAACACUAUAUUAUGCCCUUGCAGAAAGUGUGUGAAUUGUUCUUGGCUUGAAGCUAGCGAUGUCCAGGUGCACUUAGUAUGUGAUGGGUUUGUGACUGGCUAUAGAAGAUGGGAAUAUCAUGGGGAGGCAUCAUAUUCGUAUCCACCAAACAGUGAUAUUGAUGUAGAAUGUGAUGAGAGUGAGGAGGUGGAUGAGUUAGAAGAAUUAGAUGACAUGGGUGAACUAAUCAGAGAUAUGAGACACGAGUUUGACGAUUUGAGUGAUAGUGAUGAUGAGGCCAAUCCUAGUGACCGAGCAAAUCCAAAUAAUCCUUUUAAGCAAUUAUUAGGUGAUGCAGCUGAAGAGCUCUUUCCGGGCUGCACCUCUUUCUCAAAGUUGCGAUUCAUUGUUAGGAUGCUCCACAACAAAGCUCUUGGAGGUUGGACUGAUAAGAGUUUUGAUAUGCAGUUAGAGUUGCUAAAAGAGGCCUUCCCUGAAGCGAAACUACCUAAAAACUUCCACGAGGCUAAGAAAAUGAUAAAAUGCCUUAGCCUUAAUUAUGUUAGCAUCCAUGCAUGUUACAAUGACUGCAUUUUGUAUUGGAAGCAGUAUGAAAAUGCUGAUAGCUGUCCAAAAUGCAAUACCUCUCGCUGGAAAUCUGAAAAGAAGAAACCUGAUGGGAGACAUGCACACAAAGUUCCAAGAAAAGUUCUUCGUUAUUUCCCAAUAGCAAAGAGGUUGCAACGGUUGUUCAUAUCAGCCAAGAGUGCAACAGAUUGCAGGUGGCAUGAUGAAGGGCGCACAAAAGAUGGCUAUCUAAGGCAUCCUGCAGAUUCACCGGCUUGGAAGCAUUUUGAUAAUGAGCAUAAAGAUUUUUCUGCAGAUUCCCGCAACAUUAGGUUGGUUAUAGCAACAGACGGAUUCAAUCCUUUUAGAUCAAUGAAUUGUGCCUACAGCAUUUGGCCUGUUAUUGCGAUCCCACUAAAUCUACCACCUUGGCUAUGCAUGAAGCAACCAAACUUCAUCCUCUCAUUAUUAAUUCCUGGCCCUAAGUCACCUGGAAGAGAUAUAGAUGUUUUCCUCGAGCCACUUAUUGAUGACCUUCAUUCACUUUUUGAGGAGGGAAUUAGAACUUAUGAUGCAUCCAAAUCUGAGUACUUCCAAUUGCAUGCAGCUGUUCAUUCCACUAUUAGUGAUCUCCCAGGUUUAGCUACUAUAGCUGGUUGUGUCACCUCUGGUGAAUAUGGCUGUCCAAAGUGUCAUUCUCUCACUUGCUCUCUUUGGUUGAGGAAAGGCAACAAAACCUGCUACAUGAGUCACCGUAGGUUCUUAGAUGAAAAUCACCGAUUCAGAACCGUAGAUAAGGACUUCUUUGAUGGCAAGGUGGAAACUAGGACUGCUCCCGAACCACUUACUGGAGGGGAAGUGGAUGCCCUUACAGAAAGUAUGGAGACUGUAUUUGGAAAAGAUCCUUCUGGAAAACCCCCCACCAACAAACGGAAACGUGGUGAUCCACCACAAAUUUUCAAAAGGAGAUCCAUAUGGUUUAGGUUGAGAUAUUGGAAAGACUUGUUGCAACCUCAUAAUCUUGAUGCCAUGCACAUCGAAAAGAAUGUUUGCGAUAACAUUGUUAACACACUUCUUGGUGUUGAUCGAAAAACCAAAGAUAAUUUAAACUCUCGUCGAGACAUUGAGGAACAUAAUAUAAGAGGUGCUCUGCAUCCCGUUCCAGUAGAGAAGGAAACUUUUUAUUUGCCUUCUGCCCCAUACUCAUUGAGUCCUGAGCUGAAGAGACUGUUUUGCCAAAUUCUCAAAGAAAUCAGAUUCCCAGAUGGUCUUGCGUCUGAUAUACGAAAGAAUGUCCAUGUUAAGGAGAAGAAGAUUAUUGGACUUAAAAGCCAUGAUUGUCACAUUCUUUUGCAACAAUUGCUUCCACUAGCAGUUAGGAAAACCUUGCCAGAGGGAGUCAGUGCUGCAUUGAUCCGUGUGAGUGAUUUUUUCAAGAAAAUCUACUCUCCUGUCAUUUGCAUAAGUGAUAUGGAGAAGCUAGAGAAAGAAAUAGCUGAGACACUGAGCAUUCUUGAGGUGAUAUUUCUACCAUCAUUUUUUGAUAUGAUGGUUCAUUUGAUGGUUCAUCUUCCCCUCCAAGUGAGGCUUGGGGGACCAGUGAAGUACAGUAACAUGUACCCAAUAGAAAGGUUUUUGAACACCUUAAAAGGAUAUGUUCGCACCAUGAGCCACCCCGAGGGGUCAAUUGCAGAGGGCUACAUUUUUGAUGAGUGCCUUACUUUCUGCUCACGAAAAACAAUGGAAAGCGAACUAGAAGAUAGGGCUGCUGCAUAUGAUGGUAUGCGUCAACUAAAAAUCGCAAAAAACCUCGAGAGACUCAAGAGCCUUCCCCAUUUUGUUGAUAAGGGGACUGCAUCGCAUCAAUCCAAGCCUGUAGAAAAACCAAGGAAAAAGAGAUCCCUAGAUGAAACUAUUCCAGAAUCGGACCGAGUGCUCAGACCUCGCUCAAAUGGUGAAAUUAUGGCUGCUGACCAAGAAGAUGAAGGCAAUGGUGAAAAUAUGGUUGCUGACCAAGAAGUUCAAGGAGUGACAAGUUUCUCUGCCUAA